CGCCAUGGGCGCGAUGCUGUGGUGGGACCAACUGCGGGCCGGCAGCUCCGAGGUGGAUUGGUGCGAGGACAACUACACCAUCGUGCCCGCCAUCGCCGAGUUCUACAACACGCUCAGCACCAGAGUCAUCUGAGUGGUGUAUCGUCUGUGUUUGAGGGUGUGUGGUGAAACAGUCUGCUUUCUUUGUUUCUGAUGUCACUGUGCAAGAACCAAAAACAAAGGGAGGAAAAGAUAAGCAACGUCUUGUUUUUUGUUUUACCACCCAUAUGCAUGUGCUUAUUCCGUCAAUAUGCAACCUGCUUCAACAGCGGAAUAUAUUUAAUAUGGACUCUACUAGUUGUGGUCGGAAUUGGAUCUGUUUACUUUCAUGCCACCCUCAGUUUCCUGGGCCAGAUGCUGGAUGAGCUGGCUAUACUGUGGGUUCUUAUGUGUGCUCUUGCCAUGUGGUUCCCUAGAAGAUAUCUACCAAGAGUUUUUCGGAAUGACAGGAGCCGGUUUAAAGCUGCUGUUGGUGUCCUGUCUGGAGUUACUACCUGCCUUGCCUUCAUUAAACCUGCCAUUAACAACAUCUCACUAAUGACUCUGGGUGUUCCUUGCACAGCUUUACUCAUUGCUGAGUUGAAGAGGUGUGAAAACCUGCGUGUGUACAAACUUGGUCUGUUUUCAGGUCUUUGGUGGAUGCUAGCACUUUUCUGCUGGAUCAGUGACAAAGCUUUUUGUGAAAUUUGGUCGUCAUUUAACUUCCCCUAUUUACACUGUGUAUGGCACAUUUUGAUUUGCCUUGCGGCUUACCUAGGCUGUGUCUGUUUCGCUUACUUCGACGCUGCCUCCGAGAUCCCUGAGCAGGGCCCAGUCAUAAAGUUCUGGCCAAGUGAGAGAUGGGCAUUCAUUGGUGUUCCGUACGUCACCCUCCUCUGCGCACACAAGAAAUCACCAGUGAAGAUCACAUGAAGUUAGCUGUGGAGUGGGAUGGAUUUUCAACUUUCAUUCCAGCUCAGACAGUAUCUAAAACAAUGAUAAAUGAAUAGGGUUGUAUUUUAUCUUCUUAAGAUAAGCAGCCUUCCCAAGUCGUAGAAACAGGUGGCAACUGUGUUCUUUCUCCUCCUUCCAGAGAAGAGAGAGGUAACAGGAACAUGAAAGCCCUUGAACUAUUUUCUCUGGUUGGCUCUAUUUUGCACUUUUUUUUAAAAUGUAGCAUUUCAUUUGAUAAAAAUUUUUUCCAAGUGUCAAUAAGUAGAAAUGGAGCCCCUGCAGUAGAUCAUUUUUCAUGCUUGGCUCAGUUUUGUUAACCUCUGUCUUGAGGCAUUCUUUAUAAGAGAAACUUAUCAGAGGCCUGCUGCCAUUUUUGUGUCCUCAGCUCUGAUGUGUGUGUCCUUCUCGGCUGAGAAGUAGAUGUAAUUGCACAUCGGCCACAAGGGCGUGCUCAUGUUCCUCCCAUCCUGGAGUGUAACGCAGGGAGUCUGGAUGUGCAUCAAUUUGGAUCAGAAAGCAUUUGAUUGUUUCCCCAAGUACAGCAGGAGAUUGAAAAAUGAUUAUCACUGGAUAUCUGGCUCAAAGCAAUUAGACAGUGUAAGUCUGGAAAUAGCUGACAGAAGAUCCAGUCCCUAAAACUAAAUAGGAAUUCAGAGGUUUUGAAUGUUCCUGUAUUUCCGCUGAUUUGUGGACGUUAACAUGCUGCACGUUUUCCUUUUACAGAAAUGUUGUGGAAAUCCUUCUCUACCUCUGCAGACAUGUUUGGUAUUGAAUUUGUUAUUGAAGCUUACACAGAAAUAUGUCAGAGCACAGAUCACCAAAAUUGACAAUGUGGUUAAAUUGCUAAGACUCCUGAGGUAUCUAGCUGUAUAUUUAAUUUGAGAGUUAACUUCUCAGCAAAGCUUUGCAAAGUGACAUAAACAGUAGUCCAGUAGUGCUCUGCUGAUGAUAUUUAGGAAAAAAAUAGGUAGUAUCGGUACCUGCUUAAAAACAAAGAGAAAAGACAGAUUUCAGUAAUCAAUGGAAUGUGAUAUUCAGUCUUGCAGCGUUAGAAAGGAAUAGUAGAUUCAAGCUUUCUGUUUGUUUUCAGCUUUUUUUGUAAGGGGUGCAGUUAGUUUAAAGUUUUACAUUGGGAUUUAAGUUCUGGAAUGCCUAUGGUUCUUGCAAGCUAUUAAUGCUAGAUCUGAUAACAAAACAGUGCAAAGCACAGGUAAGUUUUUUAGUUGUGAUUACUUGGAGAAAAUGGGGUCUACUUAAAUUCUACCAAAUAUCAGAACUGUAUGUAGGUUAAGGAUUUAGAUGUGCGUUUUUAGUUAAGUGAUAUUUCCUUGUUGGAUACUAGACCAAGAAAUAACAUUUUCUCUAUGUUUUGCUA